AUGGACACCAUGUUGGAAGCCAGACCCCAAACGCAUCAGAGGAGCAGCCACAAUGGCCAGGAGGCCAGCCUAUGGUCCUCAGGCUUCAGGAUGAAACUGGAGGCUGUCACUCCAUUCCUGGGGAAGUAUCGUCCCUUUGUGGGUCGCUGCUGUCAGACCUGCACCCCUAAGAGCUGGGAGUCCCUCUUCCACAGAAGCAUAAUGGAUCUAGGCUUCUGCAAUGUGAUCCUGGUGAAGGAGGAGAAUACCAGGUUUCGGGGCUGGCUGGUUCGGAGGCUCUGCUAUUUCCUGUGGUCCUUGGAGCAGCACAUACCCCCCUGCCGGGAUGCCCCACAAAAGAUUGUGGAAAGCACUCGGGUGCAGGACGUCCUCUCGGGAAGGGCCCCAGGAGGGGCUGGGGAAGGCCAGAUGUCCAACCUUGUGAAGAAAGAGGUGCAGCGCAUCCUGGGCCACAUCCAGGCUCCACCCCGCCCCUUCCUGCUCAGGCUGUUCAGCUGGGCACUCCUGCGAUUCCUGAAUUGCCUCUUCCUGAAUGUGCAGCUCCACAAGGGGCAGAUGAAGAUGGUCCACGAGGCUGCACAGGCGGGCUUGCCGCUCAUCCUCCUCUCUACUCACAAGUCACUCCUGGAUGGGAUCCUGCUCCCCUUUGUGCUGUUCUCCCAGGGCCUGGGUGUGCUCCGUGUGGCUUGGGACCCCCGCACCUGCUCCCCUGCCCUCAGAGCUCUGCUGAGGAACCUUGGGGGGCUUUUCCUACCGUCAGAGGCCAACCAGUCCCUGGACAGCUCUGAGGGGGUCCUUGCAAGGACCGUGGUCCAUGCGGCCAUGGAGCAGCUGCUGGUGAGUGGGCAGCCCCUGCUCAUCUUCCUGGAGGAGGCCCCUGGGAUCCAGGGGCCACGGCUGUCAGCCCUGGGCCAGGCCUGGCUGGGACUGGUGGUGCAGGCAGUCCAGGUGGGCAUUGUCCCAGAUGCUAUGCUGGUGCCAGUAGCCGUCACCUAUGACCUGGUUCCAGAUGCGCCACGUGAUGUACACCAUGCCUCGGCUCCCCUGGGGCUGUGGAGAGCAGCUCUGGCCAUUCUGUGGAGCCUGCGCAGCUGCUGGGGCUGUGGCCGCCGUGUCUGCGUCCGCGUGCAUCUUGCCCAGCCCUUCUCCCUGCAGGAAUACACCAGCAACACCAGAAGCUGCUGGGGCAGCAGGCAGACCCUGGAGCAGCUGCUGCAGCCCAUCGUGCUGGGCCAAUGUACUGUUGUCCCAGACACUGAGAAGGAGCAAGAGUGGACCCCAGUAACUGGGCCUCUGCUGUCCCUCAAGGAAGAGGACCAGCUCCUGGUCAGGAGGCUGAGCCGUCACAUCCUGAGUGCCAGCGUGGCAAGCUCGGCAGUGAUGAGCACGGCCAUCAUGGCCACACUGCUGCUGUUCAAGCACAGGAAGGGCGUGUUCCUGUCGCAGCUCCUGGGGGAUUUCUCCUGGUUGACUGAGGAGGCACUGCUGCGUGGCUUUGAUGUGGGCUUCUCUGGGCAGCUGCGGUGCCUGGUGCAACACACCCUGAGCCUGUUGCGGGUGCACGUGGCCCUGCUGCGCAUCCACCAGGGGGACUUGCUGGUGGUGCCACGGCCUGGCCCAGGCCUCACGCACCUGGCACGCCUGAGUGCUGAGCUGCUGCCUGCCUUCCUGAGCGAGGCUGUGGGUGCCUGUGCUGUGAGGGGACUGCUGGCAGGCAGAGUGCCGCCUGAGGGGCCCUGGGAGCUGCAGGGCAUAGAGCUGCUGAGCCAGAAUGAGCUGUACCGCCAGAUCCUGCUGCUGGUACAUCUGCUGCCACAAGACCUGCUGCUGCUGCAGCCCUGCCAGUCGUCCUACUGUUAUUGUCAGGAGGUGUUGGACCGUCUCAUCCAGUGUGGACUUCUGGUUGCUGAGGAGACCCCAGGCUGCCAGCCAGCCUGCGACAUAGGGCGACAGCGUUUGAGUUCAAAGCUGCUGUGGAAAACCAGCGGGGACUUUACUGAUAGCGACAGUGACGACUUCAUGGAAGCCGAGGGCCGGUACUUCAGGCUCAGCCAGCAGUCGCGCUGCCCUGACUUCUUCCUCUUCCUCUGCCGCCUGCUCAGCCCGCUGCUCAAGGCCUUCGCACAGGCUGCCACCUUUCUCCACCAGGGACAGCUGCCCGAUACUGAGUCGGGCUACACAGAGCAGCUGUUCCAAUUCUUGCAGGCCACUGCCCAGGAAGAAGGGAUCUUUGAGUGUGCGGACCCAAAUCUUGCCAUCAGUGCUAUCUGGACCUUCAGAGACCUGGGGGUGCUGCAGCAGAUGCCCAGCCCUGAAGGCCCUAGGCUCCACCUGUCCUCUGCAUUUGCCAGCCGGGACAAUCAGGAAAAGCUGGAACAAUUCAUCUGGCAGUUCAUCUGUAGCUAG